GUGGGGCUUUUGUGUGCUUGUUGCAUCAGCUUUUCAACUGCAGAAUUAAAACCAAGUAUUUUAUCCUUCUUUCUCUGUAGUUACACCAAUAGGAAUACAACUAUUACAGAAUGAUUCAUGUUCUAUUUCUCAUUUUUUAUUUGGCUGCUGGAGCAACACGGUCAUCUUCUCUCAGGAUUUUGGGCAAGCAUCUGGAUUGCAGUCAACAGGUCAUUCUAUGCAGCGCUCAAAUUAAAAACUGCUCAGACAAAAGAAUGGUUGUGCCCAGACAUCUUGCUCCCACUCAGCCAGAGUGGGGCCCAGAGCAUGUGGGAGUCGGGAUGGAUGAGCACGGUCUUCUUCCUAUUAUGAACGUCACAUGGAAAAUAUCAUCAAAUGCAGGGGUAUACAUCCUAAAUGGAUCAGAGAUUCAUAUUCUGGAUGGAACUACAAAUCAAAGCAUGUGUGUGCAAUAUUCUUUCAAGAUCAGUGCGCAGCUGGACCCUAGUCAUAACAAGUGGACAUUUUCUUUGGAUGGAGUCAUGGUAGACCCUUGGCAUACAUACUCAGUAUCAGUCUUUAAUUUGCCAGUGCCUGAUACUGGACAUGACAGGAUUAGCAAACGGAUUACUAUCCCGGGGUGUGAUGACUGGAGGAUUCAAAAGGCCCAAAUCUGUUUGGAAAAUGGCAGCCUCUGGGACCCUCACAUGACUGGAGCUGUGUCAGUUGAUAAAGGACAUAAAACAAUGUCCGUUACCGUGGGUUUUGAUGCAGCAAAGUAUUCAGAGAGAUACCAAGUCUCAAUUCAGAGCCAUGGUUUCAACUAUUCAAAGAGUGUUUCAAAGGAGAACAGAACAUCACUAAAUGUGACCUUUGAGUUGGGUAUAAGGCAGCUUUCACAAUGUGAAAUUAUCUUUGAGAUUCAGCCAUUUUUUAGAAGAUGCAAGGACAACUGUUUGCAUUCCAAGAAAAUAUUUAAUUACUGCCUCUAUUAUUCCAAGCCACCAUCCUGUACUUUAAUAAUAAUUGAAAUUUUGGGACUGGUUAUAAUCGGCGGUUGUCUUGCCUGUUUACUGUGGAGAGCAUCCCAUAAAGAUCCUGCUAAGACGUCUUCACCUGAUGCCAAAGAAGAACCUAAGGGUUUUCAAGUGCAAGGCAGAAAAAGAGUCCUCAUCAUCUACUCCCUUGACCACCCUUUGUACAAAAACAUCAUUCUCAAGUUUUGCGCCUUCCUCGCAAGUAAAUGUGGCAUUGAAGUGAUCCUCGAUCUGCUGGAUUCUGCCCGGCUGGGAGUGUUGGGAAGUGUCCAGUGGUUUGACUUUCACAGACAACAGAUAGAGAGCUCUUCAGAUAAGAUACUAAUCCUGUGCUCGCAUGGAGUGCAAGCCAAAUGGAAAGCCAUGUGCGGCGAAAACCAAGUCCUGUUGAGAGAGGAUGCCCUCUCGCCAGUGGGUGACAUGCUCACCCCUGCCCUCAGCCUCAUGGUCCCCCAUUUUGUCCGCUCUGCAUCCUUUCAUAAGUACAUAGUGGCUUAUUUUGAUGAUAUUUGUUCGGAAGAGGAUGUCCCUUCACCAUUCAACGUCACAGUACGGUACAAGCUAAUGAAACAGUUUGAGGAAGUCUUCUUUCGAAUCCUGGACAUUGACAAGCAUGAACCAGGCAGGGUGAAUUACGCAGAAGGGCUAGCAGAUGAUGAGUAUUACCACUGUCCCUCAGGUAGAGCUUUGCAGGAUGCCAUAGAAGCUUUCCAUGCGUACCAGCUGCAGCAUCCAAACUGGUUUGAAGAUGAAUUAGUGAAGUAAUUAGUGAGCUUAUAGGCAAGACUGAUGGAAGCAAUCCACUUGAAAAUACAGUUGGACCAAACAAAGAGACAGCUGAUAAUGGGUACAGAAAGAUACUAGAUGUUAACCAUGAAAUACACAACAGGUCAAGUUGUGGUAUGCAGAC